UCACCACUCCUUUUUGUCCAACUGUGCCGUGUGCGUCCACCAAUACGGACGUCGGUGCACAAAUUUCCAAUCCCAAACUAAACUCUCUCUCUCUCUCUCUCUGUGUGUGCAAUGGACGAGGUUAUCACGGUUACUGAUGCGUCGUCAAGUCUUCGAUCAUAUUCAUCAGACCCGUUUGUUAACCUCCCUCUCCUCUCUGCGUUCCUCGCCUGUGCUCUCGCUCAGUUUCUCAAGCCCUUCAUCGCCUGAGAUGGGAUUCUAGAAGGAUGGUUAGUUCAGGUGGAAUGCCAUUAUCACAUUCAGCCUUUGUUACGACUCUUACAGCAGCUAUUGGUUUACAAGAAGGAACUGGAGGAUCAACAUUUGCUAUUGCCGUUGUUUUGACGCAUGUUGUAUGUACUUUUUCAACCAGGUAAUGUAUGAUGCAUCUGGCAUUAGACUUCAUGCUGGUUGGCAAGCUGAAGUAAUAUCUUUUAUUGAAUCAAAUUGUGUGAGAGCUGCCUCAUGAACACACUAUCUCUAGUGUUAAACCUCUGCAACAUUCACUUGGUCAUACUCCAUUUCAGGGAGUUUGGAUACAACAGCCGUUGGAUUUCUCCAUUUGCAGAUUUGGGUGGACCCUACAUUAUUGGGCUGGAAUCUGAGAAGCCAUGACAAAAAAUUUUACCAUUUCAAGUAUGGACCAGUUUGUAUAUGGACCAGUUUGACAACAAUGGAUUUCCCUUCCUCAACUCUCAACUUGACCUAGCUGCCAUUUACCCAUUACCUUACACUCAUCAACCUCUCCACACCACAAACCUUCCACAAAAGCCAUGGACAAGUCCAAGAAGUCUCAAAUUCUAAAGCUCUCUCUAAUAGCUUUACUUCUCAUCACCACACCUCUCAUACCCACAACACUAAGGGCCACUUAUCUCUACUUUGUCUUCAACCUCCUCAUCAUAGCCCUUGGAGCUGAAGCUGGCCUUCUCUCAGUCUUCUCCAAAUCCACAGAUGACAAAAAACCACAACCCACAAAGCCGGUGGCUGCUUCAGAAUCAUCUCCUCCACAUAAAGAGGAGCCACCCAAUGCCACCGGUGGAGCCACCGCUCCUGAAAAGCCCAAGGUGGUGGAAAAGUGCUUGUCGGAGAAGAUUGGUGGCAGCGGCGCUAUGACGGUGCAUAAGGUGAAGAAAUGUCCCUCAAUGCCGAGUAUUUUCUUUAUAGGAGGCGGUGAGGCUGAGGCAGAGGAGGUGGUGGAUAAUGAUGAUGAAGAAGAAGAAGUUGAAGGAGAAGAAGUUGGGGAUGUUAAUGGGCAAGAGCUUUUUACAAAAGCUGAGACAUUCAUUGGGAACUUCUAUAAGCAGCUGAAGAUGCAGAGGGAAGAGUCAUGGAAGAGGAUUCAUGGGCUUUAUCAGAAGGCCUUUUGAGCAACAAGUAGCCUUUGAUUUUUCUUAAUUCCUCCUGGAAAAUAUUCAGGUUUUUUUUUUUUUUUUUUUUUUUUUUUUUUUUUUUGGGAUAAAUAAGAAAAUAUUGAUUUAUCAAUCUUGGAUCAUUUGUUUGUGAAGAUUGAUGGUUAAUUAAGUAGAGUUGAACUACCACUCUACUUGAGAUUCUUCUCAACUUUAGGACUGUCAAGAUUUUUUUUUUUUUCAAUAAUGUGAGUGAUACUAGUAAAAAGUAAUUAACAAACAUAUUAGUUAGACGCAAUGUUAUAAGUAGGCCCAUUCAAGUAGGAUUUACAUGCAAGUUUUGUGUUGUGAUUAAUAUCUAUUGUAAUUUGUUUAUUGACAAUGGCCAAGCGUUUCAUGUCUUUCUUC